CAAAAAACCGAAAAUCACGAUAAUGAUCAUUUUUGUCAUUUUCCACCUUGAACUAAGCAUGUUUGUUCGCAAAGCAUAUUCCCGUUCAUUCAUAUACCUUAAAUCAAACCCUAAUUACUUCUACUUCCACCCAAAAGAAACGGCCAUGUCUACAAAUUUUAUCUUCUUCAUCUCCAGCUUGUUCGUUCUCUAUAUUGCCUACACAAUCCCUAAACCUGAACAACAUCAACCAAAGCAAACCAAUCUCGUAGUCUACGUGCAUGACUACUUCACCGGCCAUGACACCUCAGCAGUUACCGUGGCCGGUAAAAGUGGGCCCGACUUCAGCAUCCUACAGUUCGGGAGUAUUGCGAUUGUUGAUGAUCCAGUUACUGAAGGACCAACUAUUGAGUCCAAAGAGAUUGGUAGAGCUCAAGGGAGCUACAUAAACUCGCAGCUGGACGGGAAGGGUUUGUAUAUGGUGUUUUCUCUUAUUUUUACCGAUGGUGAUUAUAAAGGAAGCACACUGGAAAUCCAAGGAUCUGAUAUAUUUUCAAUGAAGGAGAGGGAAUUUGGGAUUGUGUCUGGGACAGGUUUUUUUAGGUUUGUUAAGGGGUAUGGGAUUAUGCAAACUCAGUUCAUGGACAUACCUAAUUUGAGAGCUAUUAUCAAACUCAAUGUAACCGUUAAACAUUAUUAACGGGAUUUUGAUUUUUAUAUUUUUGUUAAA